AAUAGUUAAAGGUGACUGGUGUCUUUAUACAGUGCAUAGUAUUGUUAUUUUGGAAUAGUCAAUACGAGUGUAUGCAAAAAUAUUGUGUCCUUCUAAAAAGGAUUAAAAAUUGUGAAAAAAAUCAGAGGAAAAAUAAUAACCAAAAUUUAUUAUAAUACUUAAUGGAAAAUAUGUAAUUUGUUAUUAUUGGGUUUCUCUUGAAUGAAAUGAAAUAAAAGAAAAUUACCUGUAAUUUUAACACUAUGUGAAGCACACCUGGAUUUUUCGAAGUCUUUGAAGUUAUGAUGUUGGAAAUAAUUGUUAGAUAGUGGAUAAAUCAAUUGGAAGAUUGAAACAAAAUAUCAGAAACUUUUGAUAUCUACCAAUGAUCUAUCAUGGAUUUUUUUCCAUUAUGAGGGAACAAAUGUUAAAUGGAUUAUAAUAAAACACAAUAGACAUAUGAAAGUUCAACAAUAGAAUUUAAUUUGAAUUAAAGGUUAACAUUGGAUUAAUUCGUUAAUUUGUGUUGAAAAAAUACAGGGAAAAUAAAAUGGAGUAAUAUGGUGCUUGAUUUCAAAAAUAAAAUUUGAAAUGUGGAUGAUUUUUUGUGUGGAGUUUAAAAAUAUGUUUCUUCCAUUAAAAUGAUGAAAUGGGCCUAUCGGUCACUCAAAAAUGGGAAGGAAUUUAAAAAAUAUAAACGAGAGGCUUAUUUAAGAGAAGGUGUAGCUCUACAACAGUUAGGACAACAUGGAGAUGCCCUGGCAGCGUUCGCUGUGGGACUGGCACAAGAUUCUUCCAAUACAAGUUUAUUAUCCGGACUUGUUGAUUCCGCCUUGAAGUCACCACUGAAAGAGAAACUGGGUCCAACAUUUCAACAACUGCAGAAACUAAAGUUACACCAAAGUCCAUUUGUUAUAAUCUCUGUGAUUGGUCAGGAGCUGUUAGCAGCUGGUCUCUAUGGCUCUUCAAUCGCAAUGUUGGAAGCUGCGCUUCAGAUUGGGACCUGCAGUUUAAAGUUACGAGGCUCUGUGUUCUCGGCCCUCAGCAGUGCACAUUGGGGACUUGGCAACAUUGACAAGGCAAUAACAUACAUGCAGCAUGACUUGUCUGUAGCCAAAUCUCUAGGGGACAUUGAGGGAGAAUGCAGAGCCCAUGGAAAUCUUGGAUCCGCUUAUUUCUCUAAAGGACACUAUAAGGAGGCACUAUCAAAUCAUCGGUAUCAAUUAGCGUUGGCGAUGAAAUUGAAACAUCGUCAGUCAGCAGCCAGUGCUUUGGGAAGUCUUGGACAUGUAUAUACUGCAAUAGGGGAUUACCCAAAUGCCCUUCAGAGUCACAAACAGUGUCUAUUUCUGAACAAACAGUGUGGUGACAAACACGCUGAAGCUCGUGAAAUAGGAAAUGCUGGUGCUGUAUAUUUGGCGAUGGCAGAAUUUUCGAGUGCUGUUGAAUGUCACAAUAAACAUUUAGAAAUUGCUAAAAAGUUAAACAAUAGUACUGAAGAGGCCAGGGCAUAUAGUAAUUUAGGCAGUGCUUACCAUUAUAAGAGGGACUAUGAAAAAGCAAUAAAAUUUCAUGAACAAGUGUUGAAAAUUGCCGAACAGAAAAAAGACAAAGUGUUAGAAGCAAGGGCAUAUGCUGGUUUAGGCCAUGCUGCUAGAUGCAAGCAGGAUUAUGAAACAGCAAAAAAUUAUCAUGAAAAACAGCUUGAUAAUGCUCUUGAAACAAAAGACAAGGUAGCAGAAGGGAGGGCAUGCUCCAAUUUGGGAAUUAUAUAUCACCAACUAAGAGAAUACAAAUCAGCUCUUAAACUUCAUGAAGUGCAUUUAAAAAUUGCCAAGAGUCUUGGUGAUCGUGCUAGUCAAGGUAGAGCUCUAGGCAACAUAGGUAAUGCUCAUAUCGCAUUAAAACAAUAUGAUCAAGCUGUGAAGUAUCAUAAACAGGAAGUGGCUAUAUCGUCAGAAGUCAACGAUCGACAUUCUGAGGGAGCAACACAUGGAAAUUUAGCUGUAGCGUAUCAAGCUCUUGGAAUGUUCGACAAGGCAAUUCUCCAUUACAUGUCUCACUUGAAUAUUUCAAAGGAAUUAAAAGACACAUCAAGUGAAGCAAGAGCACUGUGCAAUCUAGGGAAUUAUUACAGUUCAAGGGGAGAUUACUUGUCUGCAGUGAAAUACUAUGAAGAUUAUUUGAUUUUGUCACAGGAACUACAUGACUCUGAAGGUGAAGCUAAGGCUUGUUUUAAUUUAGGAUACGUACAUUUUGGUCUUGGGAAUCACUUAGAGGCAGUGCGAUAUUAUGAACAAGAUCUGUCUAUAGCACGAGAGCUUCAGGACCAGUUAGGCAUAGCCAGGGCAUAUUGUAAUCUAGGACUUGCUCAUAAGGCAUUACAUAACUAUAUGGAUGCUUUAGAGUGCCAGAAAAAGUGCUUAUCUAUGAUGAAAAACAUGAAAAACACAAAAGGUAUUUUCCGUGCUUUGGGAAAUAUCGGUGAUAUAACGCUUAAAACGGGUGAUACUUCAGAAGCAAUAAAAAUAUACAACCAGCAGUUACAGCUGGCGAAACAAUGCAAUAGUAAGGAUUUGGUAGCAACUGCUUACGGAGCUCUAGGUGCUGCUCACAGAACUUUAGGUCAAUUUGAUAAGGCUCUAGGUUAUCAUACGCAGGAGUUAAGUAUACGUCAAGACAUGGAUGACAAGAGAGGCGAAUGCAGAGCUCAUGGUAACCUAGGUAACGUGCAUAUGUCAUUAGGAAAUUAUAUGAAUGCUUUGAAAUGUUAUGAAGAACAGCUGGAGAAAAGCCAGGAAUUACAAGACAGUGCCCUUGAAGCACAAGCUUGUGGUAACCUGGGUAUUACCAGAAUGAACAUGGGUUCUUUUGAAGAUGCUAUUGGCAUGUUUGAGCAGCAGCUUGCUAUGCUGGAACAAGUUUGUAGUGCUAAUUCUAUAUAUGAUAAAGGACGUGCCUUAGGCAAUCUUGGUGAUUGCUACGAGGCUCUUGGUGAUUAUGAAGAAUCCAUUCGGUGUCAUGAACAAUAUUUGGCAACUGCUCAACAAGCCAAUAGUCUUUCUGACCAGGACAAAGCAUACCGAGGUCUGGGCAAUGCUCAUCGUUCAGUAGGCAACUUACAACAGGCAUUGGUAUGCUUUGAAAAGAGACUGGUUGUUGCCCAUGAGCUAAACAGCUCCUCAGCAAAAGCUUCAGCAUAUGGUGAGUUAGGGUGCUUGCAUAGCCUGCUGGGUAAUUUCGAACAGGCCAUCUCUUGUCUUCAGCAUCAAUUGUCAAUUGCCAAGGAAAUUGGGGACAGUAUGUGUGAAGGGGAAGCAGCCUGUGGUUUAGGAGGAGUUUAUCAGAACAUGGGAGAGUAUGAGAAAGCUUUAGAAUACCAUCAGAUGGACCUGCAGAUUGCAGAGACAACAGAAAAUACAGCGUGUCAGUGUCGAGCCUAUGGAAACUUAGGAUUAUCACAUGAAUCACUCGGAAAUUACAACGAUGCUAUACAGUACCAAGAACAACAUCUCAGCAUUGCUGCCCAAAUGAAUGACAAGGUGGCCAAAACUCUUGCAUACAGCAGUCUGGGACGAGUCCAUCAUGCCCUCAAUAACCACACUCAAGCAGUUGAAUACUUGAAGCAAGGUCUUUCAAUAGCAGAACAACUUGGUCGCCAUGAGGAUGAAGCUAAGAUUUGCCAUCGUCUGGGUUUGUCCUUGUGGGGUAAAGGUGACCUUGAAGAAUGUCAGCUACAACUACACAGAGCAGCAGAUUUGUUUGAGGGUAUCCGUAGAGACGCACAACUCAACAGUGAAUACAAAAUGUCGCUAUUUGAUCUCCAAACAGCCUGUUACCAAGCUCUACAGAGAGUAUUGGUUUCCUUGGGUAGACAUGAUGAAGCCUUAGCAAUAGCAGAGAGAGCCUGUACCCGUGCAUUUAUUGACUACCUCCUUGAGCGACAGGCUGGAGCUGAGGGUCUGUACAGGGGUAAUAUAGAUCCUCCACCUGUCACACCUGCUCAGCUUACCAGUAUUGUAGGAAAACAACAGGCUCUGGUGAUGUACUAUUCCAUUGCUGCAGGGUAUCUGUACUGCUGGCUUGUCACACCCAGAAAUGGUAUUGUAAAGUUUCAUGAAGUAAAUAUGACAGAAUUAGAAGCAGAUUAUGACACCAGUGACACACUGAGUAUGAAGAGUGUUAGUUUUGGUUCCAGUUCUCUCAUUGACCAGUAUGUUGGUCACGUCAGAGAAUCUAUGGGUGUGGAGAGCCACAAUAUUAAAGCAUCCACAGGGAGUAUUAAUAGAACAUUUAAUGAUGGAGACAGCGAAUGUGACGAUGUCUGGCAACAGCAUUUAGAGGAACUUGGUGACAAGCUGAAUGCCGAGAACGACAAGACAGGAUUCCUCCGAAUGGUUAAUCGUAAUCACAAACUGAACAGUAGUAACUAUAGUCUCAGCAGUUUAUUCAGUCUUUCAACAUUAAAUGGUGUCAAUUCUAGUUUUCACAGCACACGGAAAAACAGUCUACGCAUUUAUAACAAAUCCGGGCACAAUUCAGGGGCCAAAACUCCUUUGAGUGUUUUGUAUCAUAUUUUGAUCGAGCCUAUGGAAGAGGCUUUAGAAACAGCGAGUGAAGAUUACGGAGCAGGAACAAUCGAUUUGGUCUUAGUGCUACAAGGGGAAUUGUAUUUAAUUCCCUUCUCAAUUUUGAAAAAGGACCAAAAAUCAGAAUGUCUGUUCGAACGAUUUAAUAUUAGUAUUAUGUCUUCUGUGACGAACUUACAAAAUGCUCAAAAACACGAAAAACAAGGACGACCAGUAAUUGAUUCAUCUGGUGCUGUUGUCGUUGGUAAUCCCAAAUUGUCUCCCGGGUCUAGUCAACACUGGAUUUUCAAAGACAUUCCCGAAGCGGAAUAUGAAGCACGAGUAGUUGGAGAACUCCUGACAAGUCGGCCAUUAAUUGGUCCAGAUGCUACGAAAGCAGCUAUUUUACACCAAAUAGAACAGGUUGAAGUGAUUCAUUUUUGUACACAUAUUUCAUGGAAACUUUCAUCAAUUGUUUUAGCACCGAGUGAAAAUAUCCCUCCACAACACCGUUUCCCGUCAAUUGACUCCGAUGACAGUUCAAGUGAUAUCACAGGUUUCGAUGGUCCGGCUAUGUCUGAAUAUCUAUUGACAGCUGCUGAUAUUCUGAACUUGAAACUUCAUGCCAAACUUGUUGUGUUGAGUUCUGGUUACACUGACGAUCGAGCCGGUAGAAUUAAUUCUGACGGUGUUGUUGGAUUAACGAGAGCCCUGCUUUCUGCAGGUGCUAAGUGUGUUUUGUAUUCACUAUGGCCUGUGCCUGACGAUGCAUCGAAAAUGUUAAUGAGAUCACUUUACACUGCCUUACAAGAAGGACAAUCUGUCACUCACGCACUUCAGCAUGCAAUGAAAGCUGUUCAGUCGGCCAGACAGUAUUCACAUCCUGCUAACUGGGGAGGUUGGAUAUUAGUUGGACAUGAUAUAAAGUUAAGCAGCAAGAUAGCUUUGAUGGGACAUGCUAUUUGUGAGAUUUUACUUUCACCUGGUCAGUGUAGAGAGGCCAUGAGGGUGUUAUUGCACUUGAUUGAGAAGUCAUUGAUGAGAAUUCACCAAGGCAUUAAAAACUCCAUGUAUACAACCUACACCUCAAUAGAGAACAAGGUUGGAGGUAUAGCAGGAUGGAAGGAUUUGUUGAAGGCUGUAGGAUUUCGGUUUGAGGCUGGACAGAAUGACCUACCUCCAGCAGUGUUCUUUCCUCAGAGUGACCCAGGAGACAGGCUCACCCAGGCCAGCUCUAAUUUACAGGCACUUCUUGGAUUGCCACCAAGUUGUCUGUCAGCUCUGUCCAAGUUUUUACCAAACUAUGAUGCUGGAGAGGCAAAUAUCAGAGUGAUGAGAGAUAUACUCAGCAAAAUGGCGGCUAGAGAAGUCAACGUGGACGUACAGCUGAAUGUUCAACUAUGGAGAGUACCUGGUUGUCAUGAAUUCUUUGCUUCACUAGGUUUAGAUUUGGUAGAAGUGGGAAGAGAUGAUGUUACUCUAAGACUUGGUAAACAGGCAGUCAGACGUCAGCUACAAUUUGCCCUUCAAUCACUGGUGGCAGUCUUUGACACACAAGAAGCUCCCAGAUCAUUAACUAUGGACAGUUCUAGUAGUUUAGAAAGUUUAUCCUCAUCACACAGUGGUUCCACAUCCACUUCCAACUUCUCAAAAGGAAGCACACCACCCAUAUCACCUCGGUGUGGUAAGAAGAAGUCACUGUUUAAUCCUGCAGAAAUGGAGAAGAUGAGAAUGAUGACAAAGAUGCAGCUUAUGAACCAGGGAGGAUUGUCUGGGAGAAAAGUUUCGUCCAAAAGUUCAAAGUCAGGACCAGUAGAUCCAUCACUCAACCUGUCACAUCAAAACAAGAUCAAAAAUAUGUAUCCUCCUUCAAAUGCCACAGUAGCUUUACAUUCCGAUAUUGAUGAAAUGCAGGAGAUCGUCAGUGAAAAUAGUGAAAGUGAAUUCGACAGUCGCAGAAGUGAGGGGACAGGAAGUUGGAAUGAUUUUCGCAUGCAAGUUUCGUCAAAUAAUUCCGAAAGUGAUGGAAGUACUAUUCCGGAAGGUCGUCAUUCUUCUGAAUCAGAACCUUUAAAAACAAUUGAAGAAAAUGUUGAUGAUACAAAAGUAGAAAUUUGUGAAGAAUUUGAAGAAUAUACAUUUAGUCGGCAAGCGAGUGAAAUGAGUGCCGAUGGUGAUCACUAUCAUCAUGAAUUUGAUAGAGAGGAUAGUAAUCGGCAGUCAAACAUGUCUGCCGCAAGUAGUGAUGUAGAAAGAGCAUACUUUGAAAAUCAAAACAUGAAUCGAAAUUCUUAUUCUGACAGCAGUCAGGCAGAUGAUGCCUUUCAUAGAGACGAUCUCAAAAGGCAGUCGGAUAUGUCUGAUACCAGUGGAAUUAGUGACAAUUUCAUUACAUCGAAAAGUUUGACGCUGACAUUACCAUCUGAAUUGGUUACGGAAAGUGGACAAUUAUCGAGUGAGUCUGGAAUUCAUUCAGAGGUGACCUCUAAUCAAAGUGACGCAAGUCAACAAAGCAUGGAUGUUUCACAAUUUCCUUUAAAUCCAUCGGAAAUUGCGUUGCGUGUGUUAGCAGACGUUGGUCCAGAACAUGCUGCUUUGGAGGAGGUACAAUCUCAAAGUAUUGCAGCAUCUCAAAAUGAAUCUUUUCAACAAAGAAAACAGUUUUUCAAAUCUUUGUCUUCAGGAGGGAAUACAUCCAAUUUUAAAGCAGUUCAGCAGUUAAUGUCAGGUGGUUCUGUAACAAAUACUCAAAACUCUUCGGAAAAAAUAAAACCACCUGUUCCUCAAAGAGGGGUAAAAAUGCCUCCUCCUAUACCUGCUAAACCGAAACCGUCACAAAAUCUAUCAGAAAAUUUUCAAAAAUUGAAAUUAUCCAAUCAGAAUUCAGGGAAUAAUUCAGUGCAAACAACUAAAACAUUAUCAGAACAAGAAAAGUCAGAAUCUUAUGAUUUUGAAGAUGAUUUAUCAUAUACAAUUACUACUUCCUCAAAUCGCAAAGGUGUCAAAAUAUUGAAAUCUGGAGAUUCAAAUUCAACUUUUAGUUCAUUUAAACCUCCACAAAAAGGAAAUUUUCUCUUGAAUAGUAGUCGUCCAGAAAGUAGUGCUAGUAUAAGUAGUGUUUACUCCACAGGAUCCUCCGUCCAAACAGUGAUUCAUCGCUCACAUAAAGGAAUGUCACCAAAUAUAGCAGCAAAUAUUCAUUCUCCAGAACAGUUUACAAAUGGACGUCGGCAAAGCCCAGCUACAUCAGGUUCUGAUAAUGAUAUAAGAAUCAGAACAGGGCUUGCACAUAGCUCUUGGUACAAUGUGGACAGUGACAGUUCCCAGAAUGCAUUAUUCGAAAAAAGAUGUUCUAAUAGUUCGUUAAGUAGUACUUCCUCUUUCUCUGAUGUCAAUAAUCAGAGGAAAACAAAAUCUAUUUUAAACGGUUCACCAAACAAUCCUCGACCAAGGGGUAAAAAACCAAGAAAACGGGUCAGUUUUUCAGACUCUGAACCAAGUGAUUUAGAUUCCUCUAAUCAUAGUCGGUCAUUGCAUGAUAUUAGUCCAGUAGAUGGUUACAUUAGUCCCUUAAGUAGGAGUAGGAAUAUUUAUCAGGGAUUUCACAGUCGAACGCCAUCACCUUAUGCCAACAAAACAGUGCCAAAACAAAAUCAAAAUUCCGCUGGAAAUGAUUCUGUGAAAUGGGAACCAGUUAUCAAUGGUGGUGUGCCAAAUCCUCUUUUAAUUAAUGGAACAAUAACACAGGAACAGGUUUUAAAUGGAAGUGUUCCAAAUUUGACAGGAAAUAGUGCUGAUAAUUCUAAUUUUAGAGCCAGUACUGGGACUAUUCCAAAUUAUAGCAAUACAAAUGGAAAUAUGCCAAAUUAUUUUCCUAACAGCAAUGGAAACUUGACUAGCUCUAGUGGAACGACUUUUAUCAAACAGGGAACAAGUUUUUCUUCGCAGACAAUAGGAAACGGUAGAAAUUUAUCAACUUUUGGACAAAGUGCAUUUAAUCAUAUGUCUUCUCAGCCUCAAAGUAAUUUGCAGUCAUCAAACAACAUGAACAAUGGCUCCAUUCCAAAUUUCAAUGGUACAACAUUCAACAAACGGCCGAACAAUUUAACAUCACAAUCAUCUAACCAUAUACAAAUGCUUUACUCUGGACAGCAGAGACCUCAGUCGAGUAGGCCACAGCAAGUGCUACAAUCUUCAAAAUGUUAAUGUGAUAUUUUAAUUUUUACAGUAAAUGUACUUCUCACACUCUUUAUCUUUACCAUUUUUCAGCUUUACUGUGUCAAAGUUUAAUUAUACAGGAUGAAACGUUAUGCAUAUAUAAUUUUUGAAUAGAGUAAAUGAAUUAUUGAAAGUUAAAGCUAGCCCUUGCCCCUUUUUUGUAAUUUGACAGACUGAAAAUCCCCCAGAAGCAAAAUAUUACAUUACAUAUAUUCUCAUAUUUUCAUAAAUCUAGUUAAAAAUAAUUUGAUAAAUUUUGUUUACUUAUUUCAAGUGGUUAACUCCCAUAAUCUUAAUAAUUUUUUCCCAUAAAAGAUGAUUUUUUGUUGUGGGGGAGGAGGAUGAUACUUUUGUGAUCAGAAAAUAACUUAUAUUUAUUAUGUUUUAUGAAUAGAUAUAACCUUAAUAUAAGCAAUAAGUUACUAUCAAUGUUAAUAGCAGACAAAUUGUGCAAUUUCAAAAAAAGUAUUUCUUUCUUCAUCUAAUUUACAUGAAGAGAGAAAAAAAAAUUAAUUAUCUAUAUUAGAUUUUCAUUACAUUUCAUCUAGACUACUUGAAUAUAGAAUUUCAAAUCUAACAGGUCAUUUUUUCAUGGAGUUAACAGGACUAAUUAAUUUAUGGUGAAAGAGAUAUUUUUUAAAACCUUAGAUGCCUAAUGUUGAAUUGAGAAGAAAUCAAGUUUAUAAUUUUCUGUAUUUCGCUGAAGAUUAAAAAUCUAAAGGGAUAAUUUUUGAUUCCUAAAUAAAAAAAAUACAUGUAGGACAUAUUUAAUCUUUACUCAUGUGGGCUUGGGUUUUGUAGUCUUAUUUUUAAUUUAAGAUCUUUACAUACAGUAUUUCGUAGAACAGUAAUAUGUUAUAGAUUUGUGCUAAUAAAAACCAUUUUACAAAUAUUAACAUACUUAUGUCACAAAAUAAUGGUUUGGAAAAUUUUGUCAUCUAACAUAUUUAAUAACAACACACUUAUUAUGUGAUAAGGAACAGUUGUGUGAGUAAUUGCAUCAAGAUAGAAAGUUUGUAACAGUAAAUCACAUAUUUUAUGUUCACAAAUUUUUAAAAACAUUUUAAUCAAGUCAAGAAUUACUUUUAUUAUAUACAUAUAGAACAUAUAUAUAAUGAGUUCUGGAAGAUCUGUCUCUUUAAAUAUACAGGUUUUUGAACAAUUGAAUCUCAUAUAAAUAUACAUUUGUGCAUUUAGAAUAUUUCAAAUACAUUCCAUUUACUAUAUUAAUGUUUAGUUCUGCCAUUCCAAAAAUAAUCAAAACAAUGGUG